AGUGAUAAUCUCCGAGAAACCCACCAAAAACCCUUUUGCAUGAGCUUCAGCUUCACCAUUCGCACCUCUCAAAUUUUCUUACACCAACAAUUGUUGUCGGAGAAAUUUGGUUUGUCUCAAAAGAUUUGAUCUUUUGCACAUUUAAAAUGAGCUCCAAAGAUCCCCACACUGAUUCACUUGAUGCGUUGAAGUUUAAAAUGUCUGCUCGAAAGGAUUCAGAUAAGUUCUUCAUGUCCAUCAGCCAAAGAGAAAAAAAGCCAUUUGAUGUUUUACGUGCUAUGUACGAUGGUUGCAUUGCUGGAGGUGUUGCCGGAGUCGUUGUAGAAACAGCUUUGUACCCCAUUGAUACCAUCAAAACUCGAUUGCAGGUUGCUCGUGGUGGAGGGCAAAUUAUCUUGAAAGGUCUAUAUUCAGGGUUGGCUGGAAAUCUUGCUGGUGUCUUACCAGCAUCUGCGAUUUUUGUUGGUGUGUAUGAACCCACAAAGCAAAAAUUGCUACGGUCCUUUCCUGAGAAUCUCAGUGCCAUAGCUCAUUUUGCUGCAGGUGCUAUUGCAGGAGCUACAUCUUCUCUUGUUCGUGUUCCAACUGAGGUUAUUAAGCAAAGGAUGCAAAUGGGUCAAUUUAAAUCAGCACCAGCUGCUGUGCGUCUUAUCGUUGCCAAUGAGGGUUUUAAAGGUCUUUAUGCGGGAUAUGGGUCUUUCUUAUUGCGAGAUCUACCAUUCGAUGCCAUACAAUUCUGUAUCUAUGAGCAGCUCCGGAUCGGUUAUAAGCUAGCAGCAAAAAGAGACCUAAACGAUCCAGAAAAUGCUAUGCUCGGGGCAUUUGCUGGUGCCAUAACUGGAGCAGUAACAACACCUCUUGAUGUAGUAAAAACAAGACUAAUGGUUCAGGGAUCACAAAACCAUUACAAAGGCAUUUAUGAUUGUGUCAACACAAUAGUUAAAGCAGAAGGAACUCAUGCUCUUUUUAAGGGUAUGGGGCCAAGAGUGUUGUGGAUAGGAAUUGGUGGUUCAAUAUUUUUUGGUGUUCUUGAGAAGACAAAGCAAAUUCUUGCUCAGAGGCAUCCAAAAGCUUAGGCUCACAAUUGAU